AGAAAAAUAAAACGAAAGCCGAAGCCAAAAAGGAAAAAGGAAAGGAAAGAAAGAGAGAAAAAGUUUCAGUUUCUUUAUUCACACACUCAUUGACAUCUCUGUUUAUUCAUUUUAUCUUCUUCUUCUUGUAUCUUCUCUUUUUAAUUUUUUUUUUCAAUUUUGAUUCGUAUUUUUAUUCAGUCAAUUUGUUAGAACAUUUGUAGAAAGAAGGAAAUCUCCAGAAUCUGCUGAAGUAAACGGAACCCGUCCCUGUUAUUUACAGUUUUGAUUUGAUUGAUCUAUAGAUCUAACGCUUUCAAUCCCACAUGUAUUGUUAUCUAUCGUUUAGAUCUUCAUCGUUAUCAACCGUUUUGAUUCAGUAGCCGAACAUAGAGAUUGUACAGAUACCCGAAUUUGUGUUGAGAGGGUGUGUUGAAUUGGUACAAGUGAUAUUAUAACUGUGUAUUGCAUUCAAUUCUGAAUGUUGAGGCAUUGGAGGCUGUUGGCCUGAGUGAAAUGAGGGAUGUUAUCAAGAUUGAUGAACUUCCUGAGGGCCUGCUGGUGGCCGUCCUCGGACCAAUACGUCCACACGAGUUCGGAUUCAGCAGGCCGGCAAGACGGGCUCCUUUGGUACAAAGACACUGGGCAGCAUGUGAAUGGUGAAUUCUCUAUGGCAGUUGUGCAGGCCAACAAUUUGCUAGAGGACCAGAGCCAGGUUGAGUCUGGCCCCUUGAGCUCUCUUGAAUCUGGUCCUUACGGUACUUUUGUUGGUAUAUAUGAUGGUCAUGGUGGACCAGAGACCUCUCGUUUCAUCAAUGAUCACUUAUUCCAGCAUCUCAAGAGGUUCACAACAGAGCAGCAAUCCAUGUCUCUGGAUGUAAUACGUAAAGCUUAUCAAGCUACAGAGGAUGGAUUUUUCUCCCUUGUUACUAAACAAUGGCCUAUGAAGCCUCAGAUAGCAGCUGUUGGAUCUUGCUGCCUGGUUGGUGUGAUCUGUGGUGGAACCCUAUACAUCGCAAACCUUGGUGAUUCUCGUGCUGUGCUGGGGAGGCUUGUAAGGGCAACUGGGGAAAUUCUUGCCGUCCAGCUUUCAUCAGAGCAUAAUGUGGGGAUAGAGUCUGUCAGACAAGAGAUGCAUUCUUUGCAUCCAGAAGACUCACAGAUUGUAGUUUUAAAGCACAAUGUGUGGCGUGUAAAGGGCCUUAUACAGAUUUCUAGAUCUAUCGGUGACAUAUAUCUGAAAAAGGCUGAAUAUAACAAGGAACCUUUGUACGCAAAGUUCCGCCUUAGUGAAUCUUUUAAGAAGCCAAUUUUGAGCUCAGAGCCUUCAAUUUCUACACUUGAACUUCAACCUCAUGAUCAAUUUGUCAUAUUUGCUUCUGAUGGACUGUGGGAGCAUCUUACCAAUCAGGAAGCAGUUGAUAUAGUUCAAAAUCACCCAAGAGUCGGGAGUGCUAAGAGGCUUGUGAAGGCUGCAUUACAAGAAGCUGCCAAAAAGAGAGAAAUGAGAUACUCAGAUUUGAAGAAGAUAGACCGAGGAGUCCGCAGGCAUUUCCACGAUGACAUUACAGUGAUAGUUGUAUUUCUUGAUGAUCAUUUAGUGAGCAGAUCUGGUUCAAUGAAAGGCCCUUGUUCAUCUGUGAGAGGUGGUGGUGUUAAUCUGCCUGCUAAAACACUGGUCCCCUGUGCCACGCCCACGCCAAUGCCAAUGGAACAACACAACGCCACCACUCAAUAAACCAACUUCUUCUUACUGUUGGACCAAGUUGCAGACUAUGCAAAAAAGAGGUAGAGGGCGCACUCUUUUUUAUAAUUUUUUAUGUAAAAUGAAACAGGGUUAACUUUAAAAGACUUAUAUCUUUAUAUUUAGUUCCUAAUAUCACUAUCCAUAAGGAAGAAUCAAGCAAGGGAAAAGAUACGUUGGUGCUGCUGCUUCUGCUUCUGCUGCAAAGAGUGACAUUAUAGAUUCUUUCUUAGUACACUCUUCCUCUACCCAUUUCUCUUUUUCAUUUUAUUUUAUAUUUUUAAUCUUUGGGGCAUCUGGCUUUGUAAAUUAUUAUGUGGGUUACAGAACAAUAUCGUUGAUAAAUCUAAGCUUCUGUAUCUUUUUGUUUUUUUACCCUGUUGUACUUCUACUAUAUUAAAUAGCCUGGCAUGUCUACUAACA